AUGAAGGAUUAGGUGAUCAAUAGUUGCUACUAAGGAGCUCAAGAUUCAGAGAGAUAGCAGACUAAGUAAUACUACUAUCAGUCUGUGGAUCAUAAAUUUGACUACAGUGAAGAUGAAAAUGACGAUAUUGAUCACACUACCGAGGCCUCUGAUGAUACAAAAAACUAGAAUGACUUUCAAAAGAUGGACAUCGUCAAAUAAAAUCAAGUCCUGAAUGAGCAGUAUCCCGGACUAAUUAAACUCUUCGACUUAAACCGUGCUAAAGGAUAGCUCUGGAUGAUGAUAGCAGCUCUAAUGACCACCAUUAUGAAUUUGAUCAUAAAAGAGCAAAGUAAGACUUCAAAGGUCAAUGUUUUGCAAGCAGUGAUAGUAAGGUCCUUAUUUCUAGCAGCAGGAUGCUACGCUCAUCUUAAAAAGGAUGGAAAAAAUGUGAUAGAUUUCCCUCAACCACUUGGAAAGUAUAUAUUCAUGAGAGCUGUAUUUGGCUUUUGCGGCUCCACAUGCUUCUACGUUGCUAUUGAUUACCUAAAUUUGUCCAUGGCAGUUAGUCUUUAUUAUACUUCCCCGAUAAUAACUGCAACUAUAUGUUAUUUCUUGUUGGGUGAGAAAUUAGGAAGACUUGAAAUUGUUGGAAUAUUUUCUGCGAUGUUUGGAGUUCUAUUACUAACAUAGCCCUAUUUGAUAUUCACUAAUCCAGACACUUCUCCUCACAUGACUAGAGUUAAGCAGCCAAUAGAUAAUAAAUUUUUGACUGGAGUGUUUUUUGCCAUCUUUGGUUCAUUUAACAAUGCUCUUGUAUUCUUGGUUUGCAGAAAGAUUGGAAAGGAUAUCCAUCAAUCUAUUCAUCCUUUUUAUUUUGCAAUGAUGUCAGCUGUUGGUGCUACCCUAGCCUUAUUUUUAUCAAAUAUACCAUCAUACCCAUUGUCAAGGUCAGAUUUUAUUAUGCUUAGUUUAUGUGGUUUAUGCAGUUGGGUGCAGUAAGAAGGUCAAAGCAUCUCCCUAUAAUACGAAAAAGCUGCCAGAUCUGCAGCAAUAAAUUACUUAGUUGUCUUUAACUCAUUUGUGAUAGAUGCAUUGCUUUUUGGAGAAACUGUAAAAACUAGUGAUCUGCUAGGAGCUCUAUUUAUUAUUUUUUUCACUCUACUCAAUGCUAUUUUGAAAUGUUUUGGAAAGGCAAACUGA